AGCAAGAGGCAGAGGUUCAACAACAGACGGCCGAGGGAAUAAAGAAGAAGCUCACUGCCAGGCUAAUUCAUUUCAACAGAUCUGCCAUCAUAAUCAUUAUCAUUAGUGCUUAGCUGAUAAGUUUAAUAAAUAAAUAGUAAAUUUAAAAAAAAAAAAAAGUUUCAAGCAACUUUGGACAAUGCAAGCCAUCAAAUGUGUGGUGGUGGGAGAUGGAGCUGUGGGAAAGACUUGUCUGCUCAUCAGCUACACGACCAAUGCCUUCCCCGGAGAGUACAUCCCCACAGUGUUUGAUAAUUAUUCAGCCAAUGUGAUGGUUGACAGUAAACCAGUGAACCUGGGAUUAUGGGAUACAGCAGGACAGGAGGACUAUGACAGGCUCAGGCCACUGUCUUAUCCUCAAACGGACGUGUUCCUCAUCUGUUUUUCUCUGGUGAGCCCGGCCUCAUUUGAGAACGUCAGAGCCAAGUGGUACCCAGAGGUGCGACACCACUGCCCCUCCACCCCCAUCAUCCUGGUGGGCACCAAGCUGGAUCUGAGGGACGAGAAGGAGACCGUGGAGAAGCUGAAGGAGAAGAAGCUGGCUCCCAUCACCUACCCUCAGGGCCUGGCGCUGGCCAAGGAGAUCGACGCAGUCAAGUACCUGGAGUGCUCCGCCCUCACCCAGCGAGGGCUGAAGACGGUGUUUGACGAGGCCAUCCGAGCGGUGCUGUGUCCACAGCCCGUCAAGACCAAGAAGAGAGGCUGUCAGCUGCUCUGAGGCUCCGGGCGCCGCUGACCGUCUCACGGCCGACGGCUCAGGGAUCCCGCAUACGACUGCAUUCCACACUUUCAUCCAGGUUUUCUACCAGAGUGGUACAGAAUUAUACGUUUUUUUUUUUUUUUUUUCUUGUUGUUGUUGUAGUUGUUGUUGGGGGGGGGGGGGGGGGGGGGGGCGCUUUUGCUUUGCUGCAUCUCCUCUUUUUGUAUUUUACACUUGAAACUUGCACUUGAAAUUAACCAGGGUGUGCGAUAUGUACGGUAACCGCAACAGGCCACAAAGGUGCUAUGUGUCGCGACCUAAGACUCCAUGAACAAACAAGACUAUUGACUGAGAAGAUGUUAAAUUAAAAAGGAUUAGACUGGGUGGGGGAACACGCUGGAUUACGUGACGUGACUCUGCUCUGACAGCACGUUGCGGUUUCAUCAUCACGCCGACACGUGCAGAUGCAAAAAAACUCGCUGUUAUCAGUUCUUAACCUUUUUGUUCCUCCUUGAAAACACGGAGAGGAUGCUGGGUGGGGGGUGGGGGGUGGGGGCGGGCGGGCGGGGGGUGACUGGUAGCAACAUCCUCUUUGUAACAGGAAGCACAGCGGGGGGUGAUGGGAAGCAGCGGUUUUGCCUUUUUGAGAAACCUGCAGCGGCACACAUAGCACCUUUCAGUUUUCAACAUUCAAUAUGUGAAUGCAUUUCAAAUUUUAAGCAGAAUUUAUGAAGCUUUAUUUCUUUUCUUUUUUUUUGGUAUACUGUUCUACCGCCCCUUUAUUUUGUAAGAGCAAUGAAAUGAAAUGAAAUAAAUAAAUAAAUAAAUACUUGCAAAGUGACUGUAGAAUGAGAUAGAAAUGAGA